AUGCUUUUAAACCCAACAAAUAUUAUCGACAAAAACAACUCCAACAGCAGUCUUGGUGUUUCGAAAUCACAACAUAUUUCAUGCUCAGCUGCUGCUUCUAGUGCCCCUAGAUCAUUUCCAUACGCCGCAUCAAAUGAGUUAAAGUUAUCGAUGGAUCGUGGUCAUGAAAUAAACGGUACUACCAUCGACAAUAUCGACAAAUCAUCCAGCUUUUAUAAACUUAUAAUGGACUUGAAGCAACUCCUAGCUGGUAAAGGCUUAUCUUCGGAGGAUAUUGACGUUGAAAAGGUUACCGAACUAAUGGAAAACUAUAAAUCAAGUGACGACGAUUGGUCGCAUUUGGCACUCCAUGAUGAAACAAGAAACUACUCCAGAAAUGGUGUCAUCAACUUGAAUGGUAACGCUAACUUGUUGAUACUUGUGUGGUCUCCAGGUAAGUCAAGUGCUAUCCAUGACCAUGCUAAUGCUCACUGCUGUAUGAAGAUUUUAAAGGGUGAGCUUAGAGAGUCGUUGUACGAUAUUCCUGAGCAAACUGGACAAGAGUUGAAGUGCAAGAAGGAAACACCAUUGUAUCGCGAUCAAGUUGGAUAUAUCUCUGACAAGAUUGGUCUUCAUAAGAUCACAAACCCAUUGAAGGAUGAAUUUAGUGUGUCACUUCAUCUCUAUACUCCUCCAUAUGCUGCAUUAUAUGGAUGUAGUAUGUACGAAGCCUCCAACGGAAGAAAGCACCAUGUUGACAUGUCAAAAUACUACAGUUGGCAAGGGGAGUUGGUCAAUGACACCCAACAUCUGACUUGCUAG